AUGGACAUUUAGUCGAUGUUCAAAAUGCGUCUGCUUUGGUUGCUUGCCACGCUUGUGGCUCUGACAAGUGCUGGGAUCCUUAAGGACUCCCCUAAAGAACGUUAUGAUAACUUCAGGGUGUAUAAGCUAACCAUUCAGAACAAAGUCCAGUUGGCUGUGAUCGAGAAAAUUGGCGAGCUAACGAAGAAGUACAAUAUCUGGAAGGAGUACGAUGAACGUUCCAAGCAGGUGGAUAUUAUGGUUAGUCCUGGGGAGCUUGGUCAUUUCCAGGAGCUUCUCAAAAUCAACAAUAUCAGCAGUGAGCUGAUGAUCGAAAAUGUCCAAGAGCGUAUCGACGAAGAGCAAGUCACGGCUACUGCGGACAGCACCUUUGGCUGGACGAAGUACUAUGAGCUGGAAGAGAUUGAGGCUUGGUUGGACGAAGUUCUUAAGGCAUACCCCACAGUGACCGAGGAGUUUAUUGUGGGUACAUCCUACGAAGGACGAACUAUUCGUGGCAUCAAGAUCUCUCACAAGACUGGUAACCCUGGUAUUUUCAUCGAGUCCAACAUCCAUGCCAGGGAGUGGAUCACUUCGGCCAGUGCCACAUGGUUCAUCAACCAGCUUUUGACCUCAGAAGAUGCUGAGGUGCGCGAUCUAGCCGAGAGCUACGAUUGGUACAUCAUACCUGUCUUCAAUGUUGAUGGCUUUGAGUACUCACAUAAAAAGGAUCGUAUGUGGCGCAAGACUCGUCAGCCACAUGCCACAAAUGCCUGCAUCGGAGCUGAUGCCAACCGCAACUUUGACUCCCAUUGGCUGGAGAACAAUGGAGCAUCUUCGAAUCCCUGCAGUGAGACCUUUGCUGGGGAUACGCCUGGAUCUGAGCCAGAAGCCAAGGCAUUGGUCGAGUUCCUAACGAACAUCACGGACAGUAUUAGUGUGUAUAUAUCCUUCCACUCAUAUGGACAAUACCUGCUUUCGCCCUAUGGUCAUACCAAAGAGGAGUUCCCAGAAAACUACGAUGAUAUCUUGACUAUCGGCAAGGCUUUCGCCGAUGCCAUCGAAGCCCUGCCCUAUGGCACUGUCUACGAAUAUGGAUCCACAGCUGAUGUGCUUUAUGUGGCCACUGGAACCUCUGUGGACUGGGUUUUCAAUGAGCUGGGUAAGAAAAUUGGCUACACCAUCGAGUAUCGUGACAAGGGACGCUAUGGAUUUAUCCUGCCACCCGUCCAAAUCAUUCCCAAUUGCGAGGAGUUGAUGGUUGGAAUGCUGGCUUUGGUUAAAACGACCAAGGAGCUGGGUUACUUGUAAGAACACUUUUUAUUUGUUGCG